UGAGCCUGGGCAGUCGAUUCCAUUCUUUCCUGACGGGAGGUUCCCCGUCGGUGUUUCUUUCCGUGCUGUUGUUCCACCUGGGCGCUGUUUGGGCAGGCAGAGCCCGCCCCACACCGCCGGUACUGCGCUCCAGUUUUCCUGCAAAACUCACGAGAGCGCUAAAAGGCUGCUUAACCGAGUUGUUCGGUUAAAAAAAAAAAAAAAAGGCUGCUUUAGCGAGUAACUCCGCUCCGCAGCUUUGUCCGCCCGAACUCUGCAGCCGGGGCUCGGCGCUGACGUUGCCCGGCGGGGCUCCUUUGUCCCCUCCCCGCCGGCAGGUCCCAAACUCUGGUCCCAGCGCGUUGGUUUCCUCCCGCGGCCCGGAGCCUCUUCCUGUCCCCACUGCCGCCACCUCCACCGCGCAACGCCCGCUGAGGCGCCGGUUCGAGGCCGGCCCGGGCCGGGACCGGGGCCAGCGCCGGCGCCGAGGCCGCGUGCCUGCCGGCCGGCGGGGCUCUGUCUGCCGGCCGGCGGGGGUCCCUCGGUCGGCGGGCGGCGCGGAUUGGCGCAGCCGGCGCACGUGGGGCCGCCCUCACGCCUCGGCGCUGGCAGCGCGGCGGCCGCCGCCACGGGAGCUCCGUGCGGGGCGGCGCGGCACCCGGCCGCGGCGAGGAGGGCGGCGGGACCCAGCCGAGCCGAGCCGAGCGCAGCCGGCACGAAGACUCCUGAUACCCUCCCGCCAUCCCCAGAGGUCGUGUUCUGGAAAUCUGUUUUCUUUCUCCUGUGUACAUUUCUUGAAGACCCAGUUGAGUUUUGUCAUACAGUGUUUGUUGUGACAGCCCAGACUACAUAGCUGAACAUUAAGGAUAGUAAAAGUGCAAAAUUGGAAAGUGUUUCAGUUCCACUUCAACCUUGCUGGUGUAAUUUUGAGGAACGGAAGAGCAAACAUUUGGCCAUAUGCAAUCCACACUUGGAAACUCCCUCUUGGCAGUUAGAAGUUCAAGGAUGUUAACAAGCUGUCUCUUGAAUUGUUUGCUUUGUGGGCCAUUAUGCAAGGACAUCAACUUGCCCUCUUGAUUUAAAGAUGCUUAGAGAGUGUGAGUCUGCUAUAUCUGAUCUACAAUGAAUGCCAAAUCUGCAAUCAACAAAGAAAUAUUUGCCCCACAUGAUGAAAGGAUGCUGGGAGCUGUCCAAGUAAAAAGAAGAACAAAAAAAAAGAUUCCUUUUCUAGCUACUGGGGGUCAGGGUGAAUAUUUAACGUACAUCUGCCUGUCAGUGACAAACAAGAAACCAGCUCAAGCUUCUAUUACGAAGGUCAAGCAAUUUGAAGGCUCUACAUCUUUUGUCAGGAGAACGCAGUGGAUGCUCGAGCAGCUACGCCAGGUCAAUGGUAUAGAUCCUAACCGGGAUUCCCCAGAAUUUGAUUUACUAUUUGAAAAUGCUUUUGACCAGUGGGUAGCAAGCACAGCUUCAGAAAAAUGCACAUUCUUUCAGGUUCUUCAUCACACUUGUCAGCGAUACCUGACAGACAAGAAACCAGAAUUUAUCAACUGCCAAUCUAAAAUUAUGGGAGGAAACAGCAUACUCCAUUCAGCAGCAGACAGUGUGACAAGUGCAGUGCAGAAGGCAAGUCAAGCUUUGAAUGAGCGUGGUGAAAGGCUAGGUCGAGCAGAAGAAAAGACAGAAGAGCUGAAAAACAGUGCUCAGCAGUUUGCAGAAACUGCACACAAGCUUGCAAUGAAGCACAAAUGCUGAGAUACUGCCCAAUGCUGAAAUCUUCCUGAGAGAAACUGAAAAGUCUAGAUUCAGCAGUUUUUACAGGAGAUUAAGACUUGUGUGCUUUUUUCCUUCCAGUUCAGUGGAAAUGCAUCCUUUCAAUUUCUGUGCAGGAAAAAAUGUUGCAUUUCUACCUUUUUGACUUACAUUUUGUUCCUUUUUUUGUGAUACUGCUACACAGUCCAGCAGUACUUUGUACCUGUAUUUCUGUUGUUACAGGAGCCUAAAGCAAAUGGGAACUGGACCAAAUGACAAGCUGAUCAGGAUUAAAAUAAUAAUAUUCUUCCCCAAUGCUCCUUCCUGAUACUGUAUGAUACUUUUUCCUGAUAUUGUAUAGCAAAGUUGUUAACUGGGUGUUGACGUUUGUGUGGAAAUAAAAUCCAAAGAAGGGAUACACUUUCCUUCAUUUUAUGUAGCAUCAGCAGAAUUUGAAUGUUGGAGUUGAUCACCUGAGGUUGUAACUAUGGUGGAGAUUACUGCUUUUUCCUGGGAAACACUCUUACCCUACCCAGUGUAGGAAGUUUUGCAUGUGCCAUCACCAGCAUUCAGAAAUGCAUAUUUGAAUUUCAUAGGGGAAUCAUUUGAAGGCGUUUGAAUAUUUCUAUUUUACCUUCCAGAUGGAUUAUUUGAGCAGUAGAGUGAAACAUAAAGAAUGUAUGCUUGAAGUUUCAACACUGAGAAAGGAAGUAAAUUAUGCGUUUAAACACACAUAGCUGUGCCUCAAACAGUCGAGUAUUUAGCAAUCUGCUGUAAAAUAACAUUUCAUUUUCUUUAUACCUAUGAUUCUCUGGCCUAAAGGCCUACAUAAUUGAGAAUUCAUUUUCCACAUCAUAUUUUUCAUAAUCUUUAAUAAAGUAAGAAUUUUUGGGAACACUCCUGAGAAAUUUGGUUAGAAUGACUUUUGUCUUUAGUUAAUCAUCUGAUUUUUAAAAUGGAGGCUUUGAAAAAGCGUAUCUCAGUAUAUUAGAAUCGUACCUUCUAGUUUGUUUAAUUUUUCAACAUUUACAUUAUCACUGGAAGAGUGACUCCAUACAUCAUAUUAUAUGCACUGUAUGUAAUAUAUGGCCUGUAAUCUUUUACAAAGAUAAGCAGGUUACUCUUUUUUCUUUUUUACUUCACAGAUGAUUUUGUAACAUUUUUAAAACAUUCUAAUAUGCUUUAAAAUUAAAAAACAAAACAAAAAAACCUGCUUUGUUUGUUUGUUUUACACCAUUAAGGAAGAAAUAGAAAUCCUAGCAGAAGUUUCAGCCUUCAUCUUCCAGAGAUGCAGCUCUUUAAAAGCAAUGCACGUCAGAAUCUUCUGUCCUCAUCUUACCAGAGAUCCAGAAAGCUGUCAUUAAAUGAAUGUACUGUAGUUUUCAUUUUCAAUGUAGAAUUAGAUAUUUGCAUUAUUAAUGACACUUUAAACAGUCUAAAGUCCUCAGAGCAGUGCUUGAAAGAAAGAUAAAAGCUGCUGUAGUCAUUGAGAAUAUUUUGGUUACUGUAAGCUGAAGCAACUUAAAUUCUGUCUUGGAAACACUCAUCAUUAAAAGAUGUUUGGCUUAGGGAAACAUUCUUAUAUGAACUUAGAGACAUCACAUUGUUAAAACUGAUUGCAUUCAAACUUUACGUCUACUUUUUCAUAUAUUUUAAACUGUUUUAUAUGAAGCUUGUUAUUUAACAUCACAGUGGGAAUUGACAGAAGGCGUAAAUUUGUCAUCUGUGUAGUACCAUACGAUCAUUUAGACAGAUUUAGCAUCAGCUCUAACAGUUACCACAUCGUGCACUGUCAAUUGAAAAGGAGUUUGGCCAGCUCUGUGUUACAAGUCAGAACAGGCUCAUUAACAACAUGAGCUCUGCACACUCAGUCAAGUUACUUACAAUUAAUGCUUGCCCUGGAAAUGUCAGUAGCUUUCUGAGUGCCAUUGUAAUGACUAUGGAUAUUUCUGCAAAUCAAUCAGGAAAACAGUCCCUCAUUGGAAAUUAAAUUUCUACUAGAGACAAAAUGUUAGACUAAUUUUUAAAAAUAGCUGCAUUAGAAUUCAGUCUGGGAGUACAUAUUUGACCACAUAGGUUCUGUCAACUUCUUUUCCACUCUUUUUUUUUUUUAAACUUUAUCCUGCUGCUAACUUCCAAGUCCGUCUCCUGAGAGAAGGAAGGAAUAGAUUUUGAACUGCUGCCAUCUAGCUGGCCUUCUGAGCUUGUCAAUAAUUCAGAAGACACGUUGAAACCCCAGAUCAGAUAAACCUGAAAAGAAUUACUUGUCUAAACUGAGAUAAAAAGGCAUAGGUUUUCAGGUGUUUACAUGAGUAUCAGCUGAACAGGUCAAGGUCACAGCUGCACUGCUAAGUUCUAGGUCAUUUGUGAGCUGAACUGUUCUAAGGCAUUGCUUUAAUCUUAAUGAUAGUUUUUCAGGAUUUUUUUUUAUAUAUCCUCCAGUAAAAUGUAUUGUGUUAUGUAUCAUAACUCAGGUCUUUUAUCUCACCAUCAAAAGCCAUUUACUGUGGGAAUUCUGAGUAACCUAGUGUUAUUGAAUGAAGGAAAAGGGGGUUAUUUGUGUGUUCACUUUGUUCUUGAUAUUCAUUAAACUACUAUAUUUGGUAGUUUUUAGAAGAAAAAAAUUAGAGGUGUAUAAAUGUCUAUCCGAAGGUAAAUCUUAGAGCACUGCAAUUUCCUUCUGGAACUUAGCUUGUAGUGUAUUAAAAUAUAGUAUUAGAUAGUCAUGUAUAUAACAUAUACUAUGAUUCAGGUUAAUGUUUCAUAUGAAAGAAUGUAUUUGUAAAUUGUAACAACAUCAAUAGUUUCUUUAUCCUUUUAAAGUUCUGCAAAGAAUAAAAAUAAUGCAUUGUUAGACUUGAAACUACUGUACUGCAAACUCUGUCUUAAAAGGCUACUUUUGUGUCUAGCAAAAGUUGUGCAUUAUGUGAAAUAUUAACCAAAAUGUGCUCUCUAAAAAGUGAUCUUAAAGGUUUUGCUAUGAUAUGGCAGAAUUGUAAUACUUGCUGGUAUCUAUUGUAACCAAUUCCUCAAGAAGUUCUCAGAGAUGUAGAAAUUUUGUGCCAUUAUGGGUAAAAAAAUAAAUAAGAAUGGGACCUGCUCUCUAGGGUAAUUACUGGACACCAUAGUUUUGUCAUUAAAUACUUUAACUGUGAUCAAAA